AUGGAAAGUGAGAUGGAGUUGUCUCCUGUCUGCACUGACAGCAUCAGCACAGAGGGAUGUGUUAUUAAACAUGACGGAGGGCGGAGGAGAAGCAAAGUCUCAAGAGAUGUGGACAUCGAAAUUGAGAAUCUUUACAAAGCUAUCCCCCAGCUGGCCAAGGUUUUCCGCAUCACUGACAAAAUCGGAGAAGGUACAUUCAGCUCUGUGUUUCUGGGUGAGGCCCAGAUGCAUGAUGGGAGGAGAGCGAUGUUUGCCUUGAAGCACCUCAUCCCAACCAGCCACCCUACACGCAUCGCUGCUGAGCUUCAGUGUCUCACUGUCGCUGGAGGCAAAGAGAGUGUGAUAGGGGCAACAUAUUGUUUCAGGAAGGAGGACCAUGUAGUGAUUGUCAUGCCUUAUAUGGAGCAUCAAGCUAUCGUGGACAUCAUUGGCUCGUUGACUUUUGAAGAGGUCCGUCUGUACAUCUAUCACCUGAUGAAGGCUCUGAGACACGUCCACCAGUUUGGAAUCAUCCACAGAGACAUUAAACCAAACAACUUCCUGUACAACAGGAAGAGCAACACGUAUGCGCUGGUGGACUUCGGCCUGGCUCAGGGAACAGCGGACACACAGAUCGAGCUCCUGAAGGUGGUGAGGCAGAGGGCAGCACUAAAAGGUGGAGGGUCCAUGGGGAAACAAGACUCCACACAGAGGAGCAAAGCACCACCUAGGCCCCCUCCCAAAACCACCACCACAGCCUCCACCUCACUACCUCCACGGCCAUCAACAACCUUACCUCAUUCCUCCUCCUCUUCCUCCUCCUCCUCAGCCACUCGGAAAGCUCUGGUUAAAAAAGCACGUUGUGUCUCCACCACUGUCCCCACCUCCGCCUCUCGUACCAACAACACAAAGGAUCUGUCCGGUCUGCGCAAACAGCCUCGGCCGGUGUUUGGAGAGAGGAACCUGAACAGCUGCACUCCAGCUGCAGCCACCACCAAACCCGCUGCCAUUAAAGCAGAGUCUCUCAUUCUGCUGGUAAAGUCCAGUAAAACAGAGGACCCGGCCAAUAGAAGGUACUGUGCGGCCGGCCGGGGCCCGCUGCCUCUCAGGACCCAGAGCAGCGGUCAGAAGCCUCAGAGGGCCGUCCAUCAAGGCCUCACCUGCAGCUGCUACCAGAGCGACCGCGUCUGCAACAUCUGCUUGUCCAGGAAACCUCAGGUGGCUCCCAGGGCUGGCACUCCGGGCUUCAGAGCACCAGAAGUCCUCACAAAGUGUCCCAACCAGGGAACAGCUAUAGACGUGUGGUCAGCUGGUGUGAUCCUGCUCUCGCUGCUCAGCGGACGCUACCCGUUCUUUAAAGCCAGCGACGACCUGAUCGCCCUCACUCAGAUCAUGACCAUACGAGGCUCCAGAGAAACCAUCCAGGCAGCCAAGGCUUUUGGUAAGGCGGUGGCGUGCAGCAGGGAGCUGCCUCGGCAGGACCUCAGGACGCUGUGUGAGACCCUCAGAAGGCGGAGGCCGUCCCCAGAUGAAGUCACACCUCUCCCCGAAGCUAACAGAGACUCCACCUCCACCCGCCUUCACAACAUCCAAAAUGCUAUGCCCACACAUCGUCCUGCUGAACAGCACCAAGACGGAGCAGGAGAGAACCCCUCGUCUCUCUCUUCUGCUCUCCCUAACCAGCAGGAAGUCAGGAACUCAGAAACAGACUGUAAGGUGGAGCUGGAUGAGCGGGGCUGGGACAGAGUUCCUGGCGAGGCCUACCACCUGCUGGACCGGCUUCUGGACCUGAACCCUGGAACCAGGAUCACGGCGGCUCAGGCCCUGCAGCACCCCCUCUUCAAAGACCUGUGA